UGAGAUUGUCGUGUCUGACGCCCACUCCGCAGCAGUAGGUGGCGGUAAUGCACCAUUAAGAACGCCAAACACUAAACAGAAGUACGUCGUCCUUGCGCAUGCGCCUACUGAGCCGCUUCCGGUAGACAGAGCUUUGUGUAGAGACGAGCAACAUAGUGUGGUCUAUAUGUUUGUGGUCAUUCCUGCAUUUAUACUUUCUACUUAUUUGUUUAUCGCACGACUAACUACAUUUUGUUAAUUUUUUCGUGUCAGGAUAAACUCGCCUCGGUGAACUGAAGCUUUUCAGGCUAGCUUAGCUCGCUAGUUAGCUUAGCUCGCUAGUUAGCUUAGCGUUGUCAACACAUCGCUAAGCAGAGAAAAUGUGUAAUGUACAAAUGUUGAGAGUGUUGGUGAAUCAGCGACUAAAUGAGGCUGUGGAAGAAAUAUUUGUAGUGUUGGAAAGAACGAUAGCAGAGUACGAAGAUGAACUUUCCCGAACAAAAGAGGAGAAGGAGCGACAACGUCAACUACUGGACGCUGUUUUCAAGAAGCUGCCGAGAACAGACGGCUUUGAAGAAAAUCUUCCUGAGCAGCAGGAGUGGUCUACCAGGAUGGAGCAGGAAGAGGCACAGCCAGCGCACACUAAGGGGGAUGAAGAGUACGCAAAACCCCCUUACCUUAAAGGGGACAUUAAGGAGCCACAGCUCAUUCACAUUGAAGAGGAAGAUGAGGAGCCACUGCCCCAGCAUGUUAAGGAGGAAGGGGAGGAGCCACAGCACCCUCACAUUAAAGAAGAGGUGCCAGAUUCCCCCAUGUCAAAGAGAAAAAGUCACAGCCCAUCUACCUUAAAAAUUAAGAGGAUGAGCCACAAACCCCCUCAAAAUAAAGAAGAGGAGGAACACAGCAUCAGUCAAGACGGAGAGCAUCUUGAAGGACUGGAGGAGGUUGAUGUCACCAAGAUGCCAUUGACCGUUGUCAUUGUGAAGAGUGAAGAUGAUGAGGGUGAAGGUGAGGAGAAGGGAGAGGUGGAGCCUCCAACUCCGCACAUGACAACAGAAGCUGAUGGAGACCACUGUGGAGGAUCACAAGCAGACAAGCUCUUCGCUCCACUAUCAGAUAGUGACGACAUAACGUCACACUCUCCUGACACUGAUGAUGAAGAAGAUGAUGACACUGAUUAUGGAGACUCUAAAGCUGACAUGACACGUCGCAGUGACAACAAACACACGAAAUGCCCUUACUGUGACAAAACCUUUAAAUACCCAUGUCAUCUGAAAACACACAUGAGAACGCACACUGGAGAAAAACCAUUCAGGUGCUCAGUUUGCAGUAAAAGCUUCGCACGAAAGGAAUGUUUGAAAUUACACAUGAGACUGCACACUGGUGAAAAAACAUUCCUCUGCUCAGUUUGUAGUAAAAGAUUCCCUGUAAAGCAAAGUUUGAAAGUACACAUGAGAAUGCACACCGGAGAAAAACCAUUCCUGUGCUCAGUUUGUAGUAAAAGAUUCCCUGUAAAGCAAAGUUUGAAAGUACACAUGAGAAUGCACACUGGAGAAAAACCAUUCCUGUGCUCAGUUUGUAGUAAAAGAUUCACUAUAAAGAAAAGUUUGAAAUUACACAUGAGACUGCACACUGGAGAGAAACCAUUCCUGUGCUCAGCUUGUAGUAAAAGAUUCCCUACAAAGCAACGUUUGAAAUUACACAUGAGAAUGCACACUGGAGAAAAAACGUUCAUGUGUUUUGUUUGUAAUAAGAGAUUCACUCAGAAAGGAAAUUUGAUGACACACAUGAAAACACACACCGGAGAAAAAGGGUGAGUUGCAGUGUGUGUGAUAAAGAUUGUCAUAUAAGUACCAGUGUAAGAAACACAAGUGUGCUGGUGAGAACAGCAGCACACAAAUCACAUUGUUGAUGCAGAUGAUCACAUCUGCUGUACAGAUUUAAUUUACAAAAGAAGGGUUUGAUACGUCUCUUGUUGCCUUAUGGUAUUUUACUUUAUUAAAUGUUUGAAUGGGCAGUACGGUGACGCAGUGGUCUUUCUUUAUGGAGUUUGCAUUUCCCCCUGUGAUUGCCGUGCUAUAGGCACGCUUGUUUUGUUUGUAUCCCGAAUG